GCCCGACCGGCAUUUACGGCUCAACCUGAUCUAUGUGUGCGUCUAUAACACGAUGCGUCUCUUCCCCGGUUGCCUACGCCUGAUCGGCUACAAAUUCCCACAAUGACCUGUAAAUAUUUAUCCAUGAUUAUGAUGUUGCUGUUGGUGAUUUGAUUGGCCUUUUUGCCCUGACACACACACACACACACAGAUAUACACCGGGAUCCGCGUGUGGUCCAAAGGGAAAUCGGGGCGCCGACGGAUAUGGCGGCGCCGGUCAACGGAAGUAUGAUGGUUAAUUUAACUAAUGCCAGCACAACGCCGAAUGAUAAUGAGACGGUGGAGCAUUCAGGGGAGAUGUACCCGCAUUAUUAUCUCAUUGCCAGUAUUGCCACGGUCCUGUAUGCCGGGAUCUUUAUUGUCGGGGUCAUUGGGAAUCUGUUGGUGUGCUACGUGGUGGCCGCCUAUAAAGAUAUGCGGGAUAAUAUCUUCCAUAUUUUCUUAGCAAAUCUGAGCAUCGCCGAUCUGCUGGUGGUGGCCGUCUGCGUGCCCACGGCCAUGGUGGAUGUCUUCAGCGAGGAGAUCUGGUAUUUGGGCGAGGAGAUGUGCCGUGCCGUCCCUUUUUUGGAAUACUCCGUCACUCAUCUGUCAGUACUGACGAUUCUGGCCAUCAGUUUCGAGCGCUUCCUGGCCAUCAUCUAUCCGCUGAAGGCCCAGUAUCUGGCCAGCCGCAAUCGCAGUCAGGCCAUGAUUAUUGUCAUAUGGGGCGUGGCCUUCGUCACCAGUAUCCCCUUUGCGCUCAUACCCACAUACUCUUCAGUAAACCACAGUCGUUUUGACCACUUGGUGCCGUCCUGUGCACAACCGAUCGACACCAAACUGAAGGAAGCCUACAUGAUCCUGGUGGUGGUGGUGUUCUUCGUCAUCCCUUUUUUCAUCUUACUCGUCCUGUACGCUUUCAUCAGCCACCACCUGAUAAGGGACUCCUACAAGACCCUCGGCGUCACCACGGACUCCUUGGCGACGAAUAUGCGGGCGCGGAAGCAGGUCGUGAUCAUGUUGGCAACGGUGGUUGGAGCAUUCUUCGUCUGCCUACUGCCAUUCCGCAUCUUGUCCGUCUGGACCAUCUACGCCGACACAAAAUGGUACGAGGCCCUGGGCGCACCCAGCUGGUUUACACUGCUGUACUUCGCCCGCAUCAUGCUGUACAUGAACAGCGCCUGCAAUCCGGUGGUCCUCUACUUUAUGUCCACGAAAUUCCGCACCAAGUUCCAGCAUGCCCUGUGCUGCCGGCCGCUGCCGGCGUCCAACCGGGAUAACAUCAGUCGGAGCGGCACCUUUCGCUACAGCGUCCGCACCGACUACAGCGGCAGUCUAAAACGGCCGGACUGCGGGACGCAGUACACGUUCACCUCGUCAAGCUCAUUGAACAGACGCUCACCCAUGAGCAACGGCAACGGUAACGCCUCGGUGACGCUGACGCCGAUCGAAGAGCUUCCCAUGCUAUAAGCAGUUUUCUGUUUCUUGUCAAACCCGGGUGAUGGUGUCACAGAUGGAAAAUUAAGUAGUGUGUAAAUUAACCCGCAAUGGAAAUUCAUUUCACUUGUUGUACAUAAUGCCGACUGUGAUUGGGUACUGUUCAUGCCGAAUGUGCGUAAAGUCAA